UGAUUUAAAGGAGAAGCGGUUCUGUGUGACGGGAAGACACAGGGCAGGAUGAAGGUUCACAUUAAGGCCUGGCAUGGCGUCGCCUCCUGGAUGUGGGUGGCGAACGACGAGAACUGCGGCAUCUGUCGUAUGGCUUUUAAUGGCUGCUGCCCAGACUGCAAGGUUCCUGGAGAUGACUGCCCCUUGGUCUGGGGCCACUGUUCCCACUGCUUCCAUAUGCAUUGCAUCCUGAAGUGGCUCAACUCCCAGCAAGUGCAGCAGCAUUGUCCCAUGUGCCGGCAGGAAUGGAAGUUCAAGGAGUAGGUCGCCCUGCGAUGCCUGGGUUACUACAUGGCAGUACUCUGGGGUAUGCUGGUCGUUGUAGUUCCCACAGCCGGAGAGUCUCAUAUGUUACAGGAAUAGACACAAAGUUUACUGAAGCUGUGUAAUGUACAAAUCCCUCCUGCAGGAAGUGUCCCUGCGGGGCCAUCUCCCCUCCCCCAUCCACGUGUGCCACCCCCGGUGCCCGCUCCUUCACCGCCCUGUGUUCUGCAGAGAAAUGACAUCAUUACCCUUCUGUUUGUGACAACUGAUUUGUAAUUUUGCCUUGUAAAUUGAAUAAAACACAUUGACUCAU